AGCACGAGCACCGUGUGAUAGCCCGCACCCGCGUCUCGGCCCGCGGAUUUUUCAAACCCGCAACCCCCGAGAUCGGAGCAGACGGUGGGUUUUCCAAACCUUCGGUGAUUUAUCAGUGAGAACGACGGAGGUGGACUUUCUCCAGGGUGACGAUUAAUUAAUUUAUCGCUGAUUUCGCGAGGAACCACGUCGAUUCGCGUAGGAGUGGUUGUAGUUCGGGGGUGGUGGACGGUGCGACGUUGAUCGACGGCGAGUGCAAACGCUCUGUUGUGGUGCGUGUCGUGGUGCGACCCGAGGAGAUAUAUCGGGACUCCGAUCCGAUCCGAUGGUGAACGCGAUCCUCGAGCAGUUGUCCGAUGACUCAGUGGAAAUUAUCGGUGGAUGGUUCGGUGGAGUUUCGCUCGUUACCGACUCAUGACAACUCGUUGAUCGUUUUGUCGGAUCGCCGGAGCGUCGCGAGCCGAUAGAUGAUCGUCAGGACUAGAGUCGUUCGCGUACGGUUAGCUUAUAGUUUCUUCGGUUUAUUUUAAGACACAACCGAAGAAUCAUCGGCGAGGAAUCUCCCGGCAUCGUCUCGCGAUUCCUAGUUGUCCACGAGACGGUUCUCGGAACGAGCCAGCAAUUGCCGCGAAUACCGAGGUUAAAAGACUCAGCAUAUUGUACGGAAAAAUAGAACGGAAGAGCAGUCUUCCCGAAGAGUCCAUCAGGAUUGGUUCUCGUCGAGUCGCCGACGGGUCAACCGUCGGUAGCCAGAGUCCAAUAGGAGUCGAUCCCGCCACCGACGACGAAGAUGUAGACGUCGAGUGUCUCGAUAGCUCGGAGACACCGUCGGCUUCCAGCUGGAACGUAGGACGAACGAAGAACGUCGACGUUGAGGCGUUCGACGGACGCUGUUCGUCGAACGGAGACCAGCUGGUCUGUUCAGGAGCGGACUAUGCUAUCGUGGAUCAAAAGUCGUACGCAUCGUCGGGCACGGGGUGUCAGACAGGACGAUCUUCCCUGAUCCUGAACGAGGAGGCUGCCAAUUCCCUGGCGCAGUACCUGGCCUUGGCUAACAGUUACAAAAUGCCCGAGAAAGAGGUCGCCUAUCAUCAGGAGGCGUUCUCCCUGCUACCGCCACCGCCACCCCCGCAUCAUCCGCAUUCCGCCUUUCACGCGGCGUUUCAUCCGCACCCGCACCCUCAUCCGCCGCCGCCACCGUUUCAUCCGCAUCAUGGACCACCGCCUCCGCCGCACCCCGCCGCUGCCGCAGCGGCAGCUUGGGAGCACCACGCGGCUGCGGCAGCCGCGGCGGCCGCAGCAGCCUUCCACGCGCCGCCACCUCACCCAUUGCCCAGCAGCACGACGGCGAUUGGCAGUGCAGCCACCGGCGGCGGUGGCGGAGGGAGCGGCGGCGGUGGCGGAGGCGGUGGGGCUGCUGGGAACGGGACUUCCGGCGGUGAUUUUCUCCGCAGAAGUCACCCCCUCUCGGAACAUACGGCCCUGCGUCCCACCUACCGGCUCAACUACAUGGACCACCUUUACCACCAGCUUCAGGCCUCCACGCACAGUCCCAACGCCUCGUUACACGGACUGGGUGGUUUGGGGCCCGAGUACCUUCUCCACGCCGCGGGACCAGCAAGCACUCUUGCUUCCACUGAAUUCCCCUUCUCCAUUGACGUGUCAGCGUCAUCGAGGCUAGGAAGUCCAAGAGCCUCGACGAUCAGAGCGAGCCGAAAACGGGCGCUGAGCAGUUCGCCGUACUCCGAUCGCUUCGACAUCGACAGCAUGAUCAGAUUCAGCCCGAACAGUCUGGCCUCCAUCGUGAAUGGAUCCCGCAGCAGCAGCGCGAGUGGCAGUUACGGUCAUCUUUCUGCCGCGAUGAGUCCAACUCUGGGAAUGCACCCAGGUAUGGCACCGCACUUGCAGCAGCUACAGGCCCAUCUUUUGAGGAGCGCAGCUGCAGCGGCGCUUUUACCCCAUACGCAUCCCUUGCAGCCCCAUGCACCCCCUCCCCCACCGCCUCAUCCGCACCACCAUGCUCACGGAUUAUCGCCCCAUACGCAAUUGUACCCUGGCGUGCCACCUCAUUCCACGGCGUCGACGGCUCUGGGCCCCCACGGCGGAGGGUUGCCACCGAAAUCCGAGAGCGCCGAGUCUUGCAGAAAAGCGUCGGAAUCGUCGACCAGGUCGGUGACGGCAGAGGCGGACACCUCCUCGAGGAGAGCCUCGACCAAAGUGAAAAGGGAACCAGCAACCACUACCACGAAUACGACGACAACGACCGCACCGCCAACUCAUCCUCAGGGACUCAGUCCUAGCGAGGACCUUCGAGACGAACCUGGUGACUUCAUCGAGACGAACUGCCACUGGAGAGACUGCGGCCUCGAGUUUCCAACCCAGGACGAUCUUGUAAAACACAUCAACAACGACCAUAUCCACGCGAACAAGAAGAGUUUCGUUUGCGGUUGGGAGGAGUGCUCGAGGGAGGAAAAACCUUUCAAGGCUCAGUACAUGUUGGUCGUGCACAUGAGAAGGCACACUGGCGAAAAACCCCAUAAGUGUACCUUCGAGGGCUGUUUCAAGGCGUACUCGCGACUGGAAAACUUGAAGACGCAUCUGAGAUCUCAUACCGGCGAGAAACCGUACACGUGCGAGUACCCGGGGUGCAGCAAGGCGUUCAGCAACGCCAGCGACCGCGCGAAGCAUCAAAAUAGAACUCAUUCUAACGAGAAACCCUACGUUUGCAAAGCGCCAGGCUGCACCAAGAGGUACACCGAUCCCUCGUCCUUGAGGAAACACGUGAAAACUGUCCAUGGUGCAGAGUUCUACGCCAACAAGAAGCACAAAGGCGGUGGCGGAGAUGGCGGAGGUAGCGACGAAGCUGGUGCAGGAGGCAACAGUCCCAGCAGAAGCGAGGACCUCCAUCCCAAGACGCCCAGUUUGUCCAGUCCAAGCGUCAAGUCCGAAAGCGAGGCUAACAGUCCACCCAGCAUGAUGCAACAACAAGGUAGUCCUUUGGUCGGUGGCUGCAACGACGAGGUAACGGGUGUCGGGACGUUGACGAACGAGGGCGUGUCGCUCGCCGAGGAACCUUGGAACGAAGAACCCGACGACCUGGACAUCGCUGAUCUGCCGGUUGCGCUUCGAGCCAUGGUUGGUGGAAUGGAGUCACAGCAGCAACAGGCUCCAGCACCCGCAUCCAGGAACCGUCUGAAGGGAAGAUUGCACGCCAAGGGCAUGUCAGGCCUGUCCGUCGUGCCUGGAAUGAGAGGAACGCGUGGCGUGGGUCCUCAGGGUAACAUCGGUGAUUUGAACAGAAGGAUCACAGACCUGAAAAUGGAGGGCGGAGGUCCCGCUCGCCAAACAAGUCUGGCGGAUCUGCAGCUGAGGCUGCAACCUUUAAACGAACCGCGAAGAGACAGCAACAGCACCGUGAGCACGUAUUAUGGUAGCAUGAAGUCGACGGACUUCUGCAGCAGAAGGAGCAGCCAGGCUAGCGGCGUUAACGCUGGAAGGAUCGGUCACGCCGGCCCCGGAAGCUUUUAUGAUCCGAUCAGUCCAGGCACGUCCAGAAGAAGCAGUCAGUUGAGUACCACUUCUGGCAGAAUGAAUCCUCCGAGUCAUCUCCAAGGCCCCUACUUAACGAGCAACCUUGUCGUUCAAACGCAGAACAUGUCCCUUCAAGGUAUUCAGGGUACACCGGGAGAAUGGAACGGUUCGAGUGGUCAUUGUACGCAACCGUCCGGUGAUCGUCGUAUGUCCGAACCUACCAGAGGUCAGCAGGUUCAAAGAAACUCACCACUGGUACCACCUAGGCCCAGGUCGGUUCAACUUCCGGAGUACCAUCCCAAUCAAGAAGUUAUCUUGGACGAAGUUGGAGAAGGUGAAAUGGUGGAGAACAAGCUGGUCAUUCCGGACGAGAUGAUGCAAUAUUUGAACCAGGUUCAGGCAGGUGGAAGCCAGAUCAGCUAUCGCAACAGUCCCUUACCGCUCUGCCAAUCUCCGAUAUGUAGCAAUCCUUUGCACUGUCAACGCCAAAUGCAACCCACGUGUAAUUACAGUCCGUCUCAUCAACAAAAUUGUUAUCCGUCGCAACCGCUGAGCCAACCAUCUUGCACGAAUUACCAGAACUCCUCUCCGUCCCCUUACAGCCAGUGUCCGAGCUCUCGACCUGCUCAGCCCAAUCCGCAAUAUUGUCCUCCUCCGAACUAUCCGUCUCAACCGAAUGGUGGCCAAGUGCUUAGUCCAGCAGCGGGUCAGGUCAUGUCACCCGGAUCUCAUUACGCCCCCAGCCACAUCAGUGAUCAACCGUUGACGUCGCCGGCGGCAGGAGCCUUGGCACCUCAACACGCUCCUCAGAAUCUUCCCCAGAAUUCUGCUCAAUUAACCAGGAACUGUCCCCAGACUCAUAUACAUCAUGGUUACUAUCCAGGUUACAGUUGCCAGGGACAGAUGAACGCAAACUGCGCCGGAAAUCCGAAUGGUCACGCGAAUCACCACACGAAUGUCACCUGUCUCCCGGCGAACCACACUGCGAUGGGACAGCAGCAAUGUGGCCAGCUGCACGCAGCAACCAAUUGCCCACAGUUGUCGCCGCACUGCACCCAGUCACCUGUUAUGCCUAACCAACAGACCAUCGGCCAUCCUAACUCGCAGUGUGGUCAAACAGGCAGCCAAUGUACCAGGCCGAUGGUGACGCCCAAUGGUCAGAUGUCCGACUUCCAUUCUGGGCAACAGACCACGGUGACGAAUCAGUGUCCUCAGUUGUCGCCUCACUGUUCUCAGUUGACCAUGAACAAUCAGACGAAGCCGAUAGCCAACAUGUCCGGUGGCCAAGGUUGCCCUCAACAGCCGAUGUCUCCCUGCCUCCAGAUGACGAACUGCACUCAUUCCAAUGGUGGCCAUCGACCAGCCGUGGACAACGCUCUGUCUAAAAGAACAUCACCGCAGUUGUGCACCGUUCAACAAACUAACUGUAGGGUGCAACACCAACAACAUACCUGCACGCACAAUUGCCAGGCUCGCAACAAUCCUCCGAGUCAUCAACAGUACAGUUGCAACUGUCAAUGGAGUUACGGUAGCGACCAAUGUUAUCACGAACACGGGACCCCCAUGCCUGAGAUCCAGUGUCGAGACAUCAGCCAGUCUCAGCAAGGUUCUCCCAUGAAGCCACCGCAGGGAAUGAGACAGGACUCGUACAGAAGAACGCUGGAAUACGUGCAACAGUGUCGAAAUUGGUCAGGGAAUGCGCAGACUCACGAGACGAAUGUUUCUAGUUCUACGCAUCCGAUGUCGCUGCCGCAACCGCUGCCUUCGAGCGCGAACAUGGUGGUGAACGAUAUGACGUCGUCCCUCAGCUCGUUGCUAGAGGAGAACAGAUACUUGCAAAUGAUCCAGUGAACGGGUACACAUGUAUAAAUAUUUUUCUACCGUAAUUUUUCUACGAGCAUGCACAAGAAAGCGGUUUAAUCGUAGUCGGUGCAAGAUAUCGAGACCAAUUUAGACUUUUGUAUUUUUGAUAAAGCGAGAGGUUUUUUUUUCUGUAGAGACAGAUGUAUUUUGUAUCGUACCGUUUAAGGGCCCAUCGUAGCCGACACUUAAAUUAAUUUAGCGGAAUUGUAGACUGUGACCUCACACGGAUGACAUUCUCGGUGAUUAAGUAAUCGUGGUGAUACCUAUUGUACGAAAGAGUUCGAAUGUGUUAUCGACGUUAAUGCUAUUAUUGUUUAUAAAAGUCUAAUAUUUUAUACGAAAUUUACGAAAGUUCGAGGUGCCUUAACGAAGAGCUAAUCGCGCGGAGCGACCGCGCGGAAUAAUUUAUUUUCGGAGAAUUGUAUUUAAGGGGGAACGAUAGAAGUUUAUAUGCUAAAUUUAUAUACUAAACGUAUUAAACCGUCAGGCUUACGCGCGGGAGAAGCACGUGUUCCGUGCUGCGUCAAGGUUAUAAUUUUGUAUUAUUAGAACGAAACGUUUCGUCUGUCGUGAUAACGCUGGCGAACGCAAAACAAUGUUUUUAUCAGGGAUCGCGAAAUAUUUUUAAAAAAAUCCGCGUGUUUCUAGAUAGACCCUUGUACCGUAUUUUUGUGCAACCAGUCCUUCUUUCAAUCGUGCCAACACAGUACUCCUCGUGUCAUUGUAGGUUUGUCUGAUUUUGUUAGCGUAACGACGAACGGUGCACUACGUGUACUGCGAUACGAAGUAGUUUACAACGUUAUACACUAGUUUUCUUUUUAUGGUAUCAUCUACUGCGAAUGAGAUUAACCGAUCAAAAGAUUACGUAAACGGAAAGGCCAAUACUAGGAUGUAAGAUCUGUAGAUAAAUCUUAAUGUAAUAAAUCAUUAGAGAUUACGGACAGCGUGCGUGGUAAACUUAGACAAUCAUCUUGCGCGGGUGCUUAGCGUGCGUGUGUGUUUGUAGGAUUGAGUGUCUUUCAUAAAAAUCACUGUAAAGAGACGUAAGGUAGUCGCACAAACUUGUUAUCCGAUUCGAUCGGUUCAACCGACCGAAGCGAUCCGAGAACCUCUUUUUCUUAAUAUACGUCGAGUGCCUUUCGAGAUCGUCGUCGGACGACGAACAGCGCGUAGAGGAGUCGAGAACUUAGCUGCACCUAUAGCUGUUUUCGUCACACAAACGAUUUUGUAGGAUUUUAUUAAUUCACGAUAGCGAAGUCGGAGGAGUCUUGUGAAUA